UCGGACUUCCUUGUUGUGAUUUUGUGGCGGCACACGUGACUCUGACGUCAGCCUACGGAAGCCCGCGCUGACCAAACUUCGCGUGCGGUGAAACGUGACCUUUCACGCCGGAAACAAUCUCCGCUAAACACGGAGGAGCCCUUGGAGGUGAGAGCCUCCGUGCAGAUGCAACCCAGAAAUGUCCAAAAACACGAGAAUAGCGCUGGUGUUCGGAGGCUUUAUAACGGCCGUGGCCGCCGCCUUUUACCCCAUUUUUGUUUAUCCUCUGACGCACAGAGACGAGUACCGAAGUGUCCAGAAGAUGAACCGAGCGGGGAUCAACCAGGCAGAUGUGCAGCCAGUGGGUGUGAAGGUAUGGUCUGACCCCUUCAAACCUUCGGACAAGUAAAGACGGCCCGGACGCCGAUGCUGAUGAGACUUUGAGCGAACGUUUUCACUGUGUGAAUAAUGUAAAGAGAGUGUUUAUGUUGAUUGUUUUUGAUGCCUUUCGUCCUAAAUUAAAUGCUUAAACCUUAAAAAA